AUGAGGUUGUUAUGCAAGCUGGUGAUGCUGAGCUUGAAAUGUGAGGAAGAUGCAAUGCAGGUCAAAAGAUUAGCAUUAGUAGAAACCUUUUGCCUUAAUUGUGGAAUACUUGCACUUGAUGAACCAACCACCAAUUUAGAUGUUCCAAAUGACGAAAGUCUUGUUAUUGCUCUCGUAAGAAUGCCCAACGAGUUCCGACAAUUGGGUGAUCUUAAGGAGGCGGAGGAACAAGAGUCUAUACUUGAUUUCGGUCGAACUUGGCUAAAUCUUAUUCCAUGGUAG